CCGGACAUGUUUACCUAAGUGAGCUAGCAUGCUAACGUCGGCUUGCUGGUAUUUGUGCGGCUGAUGUUAUUGCCAGUCAGAGCGGGUACGCCGACAGACUGUCGUUUGGAUCCCCAGCUUGCGUAACACGCAGUGCAACAUGAAAGCUGCGCUCUUCCUCCAUGUUUUCUGCCUCGUCUGCUCCCUGCUGCUGACGCAGGGCAGUGCCAAGAACUCUCAGGACUAUCGGUGUAAAUGCACCUGCCCGCCGUAUAGAGACAUGGACGGGCAAAUCUUCAAGAAAAAUGUUUCACUCAAAGACUGCAACUGUCUUCACGUGGUUGAACCAAUGCCAGUUGAUGGGAAGGAUGUGGAAGCAUACUGUUUACGUUGUGAGUGUAAAUAUGAAGAGAGGAGCUCAGGAACCAUCAAAGUUACCAUUAUAAUUUACCUGUCCCUUUUGGGCCUGCUACUUCUCUAUAUGUUCUACCUGACUCUCCUGGAACCCAUACUGAAGAGGCGACUCUUUGGCCACUCCCAGCUUAUCCAAAAUGAUGAUGAUGUUGGGGACCAGCAGCCUUUCGCCAAUGCUCACAACGUUCUGUCCCGUUCACACUCUCGCCCCAACGUCUUAAACAAAGUGGAGCAUGCCCAGCAACGUUGGCGGAGGCAGGUCCAGGAACAGAGGAAGUCGGUGUUCGACCGCCAUGUUGUUCUCAGUUAAAUGGCUCCCCUGGAAACAGGCAUCCUUAGGUUGAGCAAAGCCACUGUGAAUGAGGCCUGCAUUUAGCUCUGCUCCUCCUCUCCUCAACUUUCUGCUGACGUUUUCAUGAAUGAUUUCUCAUCUCAUUAUUAUAUUCAAGUCUCAUUAAGUGAUUUCUCAUCUCAUUAAUAGAUUCAAGUCUCAUUAAGUGAUUUCUCAUCUCAUUAGUAGAUUCAAGUCUCAUUAAGUGAUUUCUCAUCUCAUUAAUAGAUUCAAGUCUCAUUAAGUGAUUUCUCAUCUCCUGAAGACGUUUAGAUCUCACUGCCCGUCUCAUCUCAUUAAUAACCCGGUGUGUGUUUCAGAGGUAUAGCUGCUUGAGAGAUAUUGAGAUUUGUAAUGCAAAAUUGCCUUGCCAGACAUGUUUAAUCAAGGACGGGAACUGUGCUAUGAAUUUUUAGAACAGUGCAACAGAUCACAGCAACUUAUUUCCAUAAUCCCUAAAUGGAUGGUCCUCAAUACUUUGCAAAAACAAAAUGUUAUCUUGACUUACCACCCCAUGUAUGAAAGUGCCAUGCGUUGUGAUGAAAUAUUUUAAGCAAUGGCACAUAAGUGUCCAACCAAAAUUAAUCGUUCAGGAUCAGUAUUUUUAAUGUGUACAACCAUGACAGAAAGCUAAUCUUUUGUCCAUGGCCCCAGUAACUCUGGAUUCCAUAGUCGACCACUUGCUUACACAAUUUUGCCAGUCGACCGGCUUGGUCGGGCGUCCCUACAGACACAAUUGGCCGUUUCUGCGGGUGGGAAGCCGGAUGUGGCUAUGUGUCCUGGUCGCUGCACUAGCGGCACCUGGUCGGUCAGGCUGCCUGUUUUGGGGGGAGGGGGAACCAAGGGGGGGAAUAGCGUGAUCCUAUCACGCGCUACAUCCCCCUGGUGAAACUCCUCACUGUCAGGUGAAAAGAAGCGGCUGGUGACUCCACAUGUAUGGGAGGAGGCAUGUGGUAGUCUGCAGCCCUCCCCGGAACAGCAGAGGGGGCGGAGCAGAGACUGGGGUGGUUUGGAAGAGUGGGGUAAUUGGCAGGAUACAAUUGGGGAGAAAAAAGGGGGGGCGGGUUGCCAGUCAAGUUUUUUUUUUUGGAAUGGAAAAAGGACCUUUAAGCAAGGGUGGGGCUCCAUCAAAGGGGUCGAACUAACUACUACCUGCUAGCAUCAUGUACUUACAUACAGCUGGUGUAAUUUUCCACCCAAUCACAAAUUAAAGUCGGAACCGCUGCUUAAUCUGCAGAGGGCAGGAGCGCGUGUAGAGUGUAAACUUCUCUGUUAGCCUCAUAUGAAGAUGCAUGUUUUAUAAGAAACGUUUUGUAAACUUUACAUUAAUCCAUUCCAGUAACAUGUUCCAGCACUUAGCCUGCAGUGUCGUGAUCCUGGUCCCGUGCAUUCAGGUUUGUAUGACUUGAUCUUAUUUCAGUCAGGCCCGUUAAAGACACUGACGCGGUUACACACUUGUGUCGUCAGAGUAAAAAGGAGCCAUGUUUUUCCUCUACUGAAGAUGUCCAGCUGAUGUCAGUGCCCCGUCUAACUGCCCGGAUGCAUCCAGCGCGUUUUGUUCCCUCACCUCAGUUUGAUUGGUCAAAUUGUAAAACGGUGUCCUCCAUUAUGAAGGGUCUAAAUGAUAUUCAUUGUCGUACAUGAUAGACAGCGUUGGCGCAGCACUGUUACCCGGGAGCUAACAAGGUUGUACUCCUUCCAGCAGCCAGGGGGCGUGCAGGGUGCGGGUACUGGAACCACUGUUGAAAAUGUUCUUUAUUCUUGUAUAUGUGACAAGUUUGACUUGAAAUAAAUUUAUGUAAUAUUUGUGAU